AUGGCACCAAAAAAAUGUACUAUUGCAUGUGUAUUUUGUUUGAGUACGCAAUACAAAAAUCCAAGCAUCUCUUUACACUCGUUCCCCAAAGAUCAAUCCCGGCGAUCUUUGUGGCUUACAGCUUGUGGUUUAACUGAAGAUGAUUAUAAGCCUUCUAGAAAACUAUGUUCACAACAUUUCGACCAAGAUUGCUUUAAAACUGGGACUACUUUGAACAUUUUAAAACCGAAUUCAGUUCCCACAAAGUUUAACAAACAUUCAAAAGAAUUUUUUAUAUCAACUAAAAUCAAUAAGUAUAGGAGCUCUCGUAAGAAUAUGCCAGAGAUGUCUUCUCCCGAGGUGAUUUAUCAAAUUGACGAUCAGGCUGUUUCAACUGUGAAAUUUGAAACCGUUUCAAACUAUGAAAUAGAAACCGUUUCAAACUGUGAAAUUGAAACUGCUUACAACUGUGAAAUGGAAACCGCUUACAACUGUGAAAUGGAAACCGUUUCAAACUAUGAAAUGGAAACUGUUUCAAACUAUGAAAUAGAAUCCGUUUCAAACUGUGAAAUGGAAACCGCUUACAACUGUGAAACUUCCCAAAUGUAUGAUACUCCUAAACGAAAGCGAAAGCCACUUGACAAGCGUGCUAAUGUUAUGAAUAAAACAAAUGACAAUACUGAUGUGGAAUCGUCUGGGACUAGUCAUGAUAUUGUGCCAAACAUAUUUGAUAAACCAGUCGAUAACUCUUCCACCAACUUAAUUAGUCAAAUAAUGAAUGAAAAUAAUGAAGUGGAAUCGUCUGAGAUAUUUGAUGAUACUGAGCCAGGCAUAUUUGAUAAACCAGUUGAUAACUGUUCCACCAACUUAAUUAGUCAAAUAAUGAAUGAAAAUAAUGAAGUGGAAUUGUCUGAGACUUGUGAUGGUACUGAGCCAGGCAUAUUUGAUAAACCAGUUGAUAACUGUUCCAACAACUUAAUUAGUCAAAUAAUGAAUGACAAUAAUGAAGUGGAAUCGCCUGAGAAUUGUGAUGAUAAUGAAUCAGGCAUAUUUUAUAAACCAGGUUUAGAUUUAACAAAUGAUUAUCCAACUGACCGUGGACAUUUUACAGAGUUUGAGACUGUAAAAUCUGAUUUGAAGAGAAGUAUUUUAUUGCAUGGACCGUGUAAACCAAUCAACAUAGAAUUUCCGUACAGCCCUGAUGGAAAAGGUAUCCUUAGACGUUUUUCAGUACAGUAUUAUCACAAAACUACAAAUACAGGACUAUGUAUACCCAGAAUAUGGUUAUGCUAUUCAGUCAUUUUAGAUUGUGCAUACUGUGAAAUAUGUUGGCUUUUCGCUGAUAGGCAAAAUAGAAAUUUUAAAAUAAAUUGGAUAUUAGGAAUUAAUGAUUGGCACCAUAUUGGAGAAAAAAUUGGAACACAUGAAAUUUCUCAACAACAUAUUCAAGCCACUGAAGUCCGAGUACGUUGGUUAAAAAACGAAACUAUAGACAAACAUAUGGAAGAUAAAAUUAUUAAAGAAGCUAGUUUUUGGAGAAGUGUUUUAAUUAGAUUAGUAAAAAUUAUUUUAUUUUUAACUGCGGGGAAUACUGCUCUCCGAGGAAAUGAAAACAGUAAAACUAAAAUAAAUAAUACAGAAGGAAACUUUAUGAGAACUGUAAGGCUAAUGGCAGAUUUUGAUCCAGUUUUAAAUGAUCUGUUGAAUAAUGAAAAUAAUAAAAUAAAAUACCUGAGUUGGAAAAUUCAAAAUGAAUUAAUUCAUUUAUUAUCCUCAGAAGUAUUAAAUAUAUUAGCAAACGAAGUAAAAAGAUCUAAAUAUUAUUCAAUAAUAGUAGAUUCGACACAAGAUAUAACAAAAAUUGAUCAAUUGAGUGUUAUACUGCGUUAUGUUGUUUUAAACUACGAAACAAAAUCAUUUGAAGUAAAAGAAUCUUUUUUUGGGUUUUUUGAAUUAGAGAACCAUGGCUCAAAGGACUAUGAAAAUCUUAUUUAUGACGUGUUGAAAAAAUACAAUUUAGACAUCCAAAAUUGUCGAGGCCAGGGUUAUGAUGGUGCAGCAGUAAUGAGUGGAGCUUAUUCAGGAGUGCAACAAAGAAUAUCUUCUACUGUGUCAAAUGCACAUUAUGUACACUGCUGCGCACAUAACCUUAACUUGGUGAUUUGUGAUGCAGCAAAAUCGACGCAAGUUGCAACUAACUUUUUUACAACAUUACAAACUAUAUUCAAUUUUUUUAGUUCUAGUUGUCCUAGAUGGGCAUCACUUGCAUUUGGUGAUGACACUGCCAAAACAAUUAGACUUAAAGUAUUAAAAAAAGUUUGUCCUACUCGCUGGGAGGCUAGGCAUUCAUCAGUAUCUGCAUUAAAACAAAGGUAUAUAGGAGUUAUAAAAUCAUUAACAUACAUGAGUUUAUCAAGUAAUAAAGUAGAUGAAAAACAUAUGGCAAUUUCAAUUAAAAAAAAAAUAGAAUCUUUUGAAUUUUUACUGAUGUUAUGUUUGUGGGAACGAGUAUUGCGUCCUUUGCAUGGUAUCUCUAAACUUUUGCAGAAACAAGACAUUGACCUCCAGAAAGCAUUAGAUAGAUUGACUGAUGCCUAUACUUGUAUGCAGCAACUUAGGAAUGACUAUUGUAGUAUAGUUGAAAAUGCAAGCAACCUGGCAAUUAAAUGGGGUAUUCCAACUGAUGACAAAGUGGCUCGCCAAAAAAAAGCAAGAUUGUUUUUUGAUGAAAUAGAUGGCGACAGACGGAUGAAUAUCACACAAGAUAAUUUUAAAAUAAAAGUAUUUUUACCAAUUGUUGACACAAUAAUAUGUCAACUUAAAGAUCGCUUUAAAGGUUUACAUAACGUUUGUACCAUUUUCAAUUUUUUGAAACCUCAAACACUUUUAGGACCAGAUGAAAUUACUAUUAAAGGAUCAUAUGACUUUAUACAAAUGUAUCAAUCAGAUAUUAGUUCUGAUUUAACGAGUCAAUUGCUAUCAAUCAAAGAAAUUAUAAAAAAUAAAAAUUUGAAUAGUAUCCAAGCACUGGCUUCAUUUAUUCUCGAAAACGAUUUUGCUACGAGUUACUCUGAUAUAUUAGGAGCAUGUAUAAUUUAUUUGACAUUGCCAGUAACGGUUGCAACAGCAGAAAGGUCUUUUUCAAAACUUAAGAUAAUAAAAAGUUAUUUAAGGAAUUCCAUUGGACAAGAACGACUGUCUAAUAUUUCAGUUUUAAAUAUUGAACAGCGCCGUACAAAAGAAAUUGAUAUGGACAAAAUAUUAACAAAUUUUUCAAAUAUGAAAGCAAGAAAAAUGAAAUUUGAUUAA